AUGUCGAAGAACACUUCCUUUCAAGACGACGUGCCAUGGCGAGUUUCAUCAUCUUCACUGAAACCAUUACCCAAAAUUCACCACUCUCCUAUUCUUCGCGUUUCUCACACACCUCUCUCCGAUUAUGCAAUUUCCAUCAUGAGGCAUCCAGACCCUAUAGGGAAUGGUUUGGGUGAUGGAGCUAUAGUGGAAGCAGCUGGUCCUGAAUGCUUAGUACCUGGUCAAAGUGCUCCCAUUAAACUACUUGGUCUCAAGGUCUGGCCUAUAGAAGUUGACUUGAAAUUUUUGGAACCCGUCGGGCGAGAACUUAAGGCGCUUGGGAAGGAUGCUGAGGGAAUUUCAGAUGCUGAAGUUGUUCUCAUGUCAGAAGAAGUUGUUUCUCAUGCCCUUGAAACCAUUAUUGAAGAAGAACAUGUUGCACCAAAAGUUGAAAAAGUUAAUGACACAGAUACAUCUAGCCAUUAUGGUCUAGAUUCAGGAUUCUACAUGUCAUCUUUUACAGCAACAAUUUUCGUUGUUUCCCUUGUCACUCUUGGAGUUUUACUUAUUACUUUGCUGGUUUCUUUGGUGAUUAUGCUGCAAUCAUGUCAAAGUAAAAGUACUGGAGUUAUUGAACUUGUGAAUAUGAAUAAUUACUACAGUUAUUGCAGGGUGUAUUCUCUGCAUGCUGAGAUCAAUAGGUUAGAGAGAUAUGAUCUUCCAAACAUAUGUGUUAACAGGUUUUGCUCAAAUGGUCAUUUCUUCCCUGCAGCUGAUCAGGUCGGGCAAGUUAAGUGUGGGAGUUGUACGCUAUUGCUAAUGUAUCCAUAUGGCGCUUCACAGGUCAGGUGUUCAUCAUGCCGGUUUGUGACAGAAAUCGGGACAACUGAUGUGGAUACUACAGGUUGGAUACACACCAAGUGUGGCUUUCCAAGCAUGGAAGAAAGCAUAUUAGAUCAGUUGAAUGAAGAGUUGAAAGAGAAAAUAAAGAAUGAUGUUUAUGACAUGGCUCCUUGGAAAUCUCCAAGUCCAGAUGGAUACCGUGUAGGCUUUUAUCAAAACUCUUGA